GCUAUAAAAAGGCAAUUAAAUCGAGGACUGCAAAUUAGUCAGAGACUAACGAAAGCCAGACAAUGCGUACCACUUUGCUUCUAGCCCUCUUCGGAUUUGUGCUGCUGGCCACAGUGUCGGCCCAGCCAGUCGAUAUUGACGACAUCGAGGAAGACCAGAACGCAGAGCAGCUCGACGACAAUGCCGAUGAUGGCCAAAAUGAGGAUGACCAGGAGUCCCAAGAUCAGGAAGAGCAAGAUGAUGCAGAGGGCCAGAACGAUGGUGAAGAUGACGAUAAUGAUGAUGAUGAUGAGAGUAGCGAUAAGAGCGGACAAAGCAACGCAGAUCAAGAAUAACUUGAAUGGAAAUUCACGUUGCUCAGCCACACACAGCUACAUUAUCUAAUUGUUUUACUUUCUACGUGUAUAUUUCAUUAACAGUUUGAACAACUGUUCACACAGAUACAGACACACGCACACACAC